GUGUUGCGCCUGCGCAGUGGCCCUGACGGCCGGCUCGCGGCGCGUGGAGAGUGCUCGGAGCCGCUCGCUAGUCGCGUUCGGGUCCGGGUCCCGCGGCUGCGGCGGCGUGCAGCGCUUGCUCGUCAUGUCGUGGCUCUUCGGCCUCAACAAGGGCCCCAAGGGCGAAGGCGCGGGGCCGCCGCUGCCCUUGCCGCCCGCGCAGCCCGGGGCCGAGGGCGGCGGGGACCGCGGCGUGGGAGACCGGCCGGCGCCCAAGGACAAAUGGAGCAACUUCGACCCGACGGGCCUGGAGCGCGCGGCCAAGGCGGCGCGCGAGCUGGAGCACUCGCGCCACGCCAAGGAGGCGCUGCAUCUCGCACAGAUGCAGGAGCAGACGCUGCAGCUGGAGCAGCAGUCCAAGCUCAAGGAGUACGAGGCCGCCGUGGAGCAGCUGAAGAGCGAGCAGAUCCGUGUGCAGGCUGAGGAGCGGAGGAAGACCCUGAGCGAGGAGACCCGGCAGCACCAGGCUAGGGCUCAGUACCAGGACCAGCUGGCCCGGCAGCGCUACGAGGACCAGCUCAGGCAGCAGCAACUUCUCACCGAGGAAAACUUACGAAAGCAGGAGGAGUCUGUGCAGAAGCAGGAGGCCAUGCGGCGCGCCACUGUGGAGCGGGAGAUGGAGCUUCGGCACAAGAACGAGAUGCUGCGCGUGGAGGCUGAGGCCCGGGCGCGGGCCAAGGCCGAGCGGGAGAACGCGGACAUCAUCCGAGAGCAGAUCCGCCUGAAGGCCGCGGAGCAGCGCCAGACCAUCCUGGAGUCCCUGAGGACGGCUGGAGCCAUGUUUGGGGAAGGAUUUCGUGCCUUCGUGACAGACUGGGACAGAGUGAUGGCCACGGUGGCUGGGCUGACAUUGCUGGCUGUCGGGGUCUAUUCUGCCAAGAACGCCACGGCGGUUGCUGGCCGGUUCCUCGAGGCCCGGCUGGGCAAGCCGUCCCUGGUGAGGGAGACCUCCCGCAUCACCGUGCUGGAGGCACUGAGGCACCCUGUCCAGGUCAGCAGGCGGCUCCUCAGCCGGCCUCAGGACGCACUGGAGGGCGUCGUCCUCAGCCCCAGCCUGGAGGCGCGGGUGCGGGACAUCGCUAUAGCAACAAGGAACACCAGGAAGAACAAGAGCCUGUACAGGAACAUUCUGAUGUACGGACCCCCAGGGACUGGCAAGACGCUGUUUGCCAAGAAACUGGCUCUGCACUCGGGCAUGGACUACGCCAUCAUGACAGGCGGGGACGUGGCCCCCAUGGGGCGGGAAGGUGUGACCGCCAUGCACAAGGUCUUCGACUGGGCCAGCACCAGCCGGCGAGGCCUCCUGCUCUUCGUGGAUGAAGCAGACGCCUUCCUCAGGAGGCGAGCGACCGAGAAGAUAAGUGAGGACCUCCGGGCGACCCUGAAUGCAUUCCUGCACAGGACGGGCCAGCACAGCAGCAAGUUCAUGCUGGUUCUGGCCAGCAACCAGCCCGAGCAGUUCGACUGGGCCGUCAACGACCGCAUCGACGAGAUGGUCAGCUUCGGCCUGCCGCAGCGGGAGGAGCGGGAGCGCCUGGUGAGAAUGUAUUUUGACAAGUAUGUCCUUAAGCCGGCCACAGAAGGAAAGCAGCGCUUGAAGCUGGCCCAGUUCGACUACGGGAGCAAGUGCUCGGAGAUCGCCCAGCUGACGGAGGGCAUGUCGGGCCGUGAGAUCGCCCAGCUUGCGGUGGCCUGGCAGGGACCUGGGCUGGAGCGGCUGCCAUUUGUUCCACGACCCAGUUUCUCCUGCGUGCACAGCCCAGGGCAGGGGAACCAGGUCCCCAGGAGUGCCCGGUCCAGCCGCGCAGACGGCUUCAGCCUGGGGGUUGCCGGGAGAGGAAAACCAGGUGCCGGGACAAUGGCCGUGCUCAGGCCUUGCUGCCUCUGGGGCUGUCUGGAGACCCUGUGACAGCCGGCUGCUGUGACUUCAGCAGAGCUUACAGAACAUGUGUCAGGGCCAUGGCCUACGCCUCCGAGGAUGGGGUCCUCACCGAGGCCAUGAUGGACGCCCGCGUGCAGGACGCGCUGCAGCAGCACCGGCAGAA